ACAAUGGUUGAUGUUUUUGCGAGGAGUUCACAGACAUCAACUGCUGUUGAAGCAUCAGAAAUUGCAGAUCUCAUUGACUUUCUCCAUCACGUUGUCCAUUAUGAAGGGCAGGGAGGUCCUGUCCAGCCUAACAGCAAGCCUAAAUCAAAUGUUCUUGCCCUUUGUGGGAGGGCAGCAGAAAUUCUACGUCUAGAUUUACAGCAUCCUCUUUCCCACUCGAAACCUGACACGAAUUCUUCCAUAUAUGCUCCCACUCAUCCAAAGCUGGUCCAGGAUCCCCCAUGACCUUUAGGUUUAAGC